AGAGGUCAACAUUCAGCAAUGCGAUGGAACUCAAUUCGGAUGACAUUUCAACAACAUCCAAAGAUAGCAGCAGAAGCACUCGUGAUGAUUUCCCUCAUACAUCUGAAGCACUCUGACUCAGCCUGUACUGGUGUUCAGAGCACCCUCCUGAAACAAGAAGGAAAACUGACGGCCGCAGCACGCGCUAAAGCAACAACCACAGAGGCAACCGGUGUAAACCUGCUCUCCCUGAUAUGAAGUAACACAGCUGGACGUCUUCGGAGCGGGAUAUCUUUAGGGUUCCAAGCGGGACUGAGAAGGUCAGGUAGAAAAGCGGGGUCAGUCUCCACAGCCAGCAUGCUCCGGCAGUCCUUGAGCAUCCUGAAGCAGUUUGGCUCUGCGGCAAAGUCACAAGAUGCCACUGAACUUCUACAUGAGGACCUGGUUGUGGUGGAGCAGCGGGUGGAACCGGCCAAGAAGGCGGCUCAGGUCCUUCACAAGAAGCUGCAGGGCUGCAUGAACAGUCAGACAGGCCUGGACGCUGAAAAACGAAUGAAAAAGCUUCCUCUGAUGCUGCUGUCCAUCAGCAUGGCAGAGAGCCUCAAAGACUUUGAUGCAGAUUCCUCAAUCAGGAGGGUGUUGGAGAUGUGCUGCUUCAUGGAGAAGAUGCUGGCCAGCAUGCUGGCAGACUUUGAGAUGAAGGUGGAGAGGGAGGUUCUGGAGCCUCUCAACAAGCUCAGCGAGGAUGAUUUACCAGAGAUUCUAAAGAACAAGAAGCAGUUCACAAAGCUCACUACAGACUGGAACAACGCGAGAACCAAGAGCCAAGCCAGCAGCGGUCCACAGGCAAAGCAGGAUGGGCUCAGGGAGGAAGUGGAAGAAGCUUGGAGAAAGUUGGAGAACAUCAAGGACCAGUACUCUGCAGAUCUGUAUCACUUUGCAACUAAAGAAGACGACUACGCUAACUACUUCAUCCACCUCCUCGAGCUGCAGGCAGAAUAUCAUAAACAUUCACACGAGUUCCUGGACAGAAACAUCAGCGAGCUCAAAGAGAAUCACAGUCAGAAAGUGCCACACCUAAACCUCUCUAGUCAGAGGGUCUAUGGGGAUCCUCUGCUCUCUCAUCUGUCUCGAAGCAACAGAGAAAUCGCUGCACCCAUCCAGGAGUGUGUUCACAUGCUGCUGAGAACGGGCAUGGUUGAGGAGGGUCUAUUCCGUCUGGCGGCCGCCGCCUCAGUGGUGAAAAGGCUGAAGACUUGUUUGGAUCAAGAGGUGGUGGACCACAGCGAGUUCAGCAUGGACCCUCAUGCUGUGGCCGGAGCUUUGAAGGGUUACCUGCGAGAACUUCCUGAACCUCUAAUGACCUUUGAACUCUACAAUGACUGGUUUAAAGCAGCAGGGGAAAAAGACCCGACAGAGAAGCUGGAGCAGUUCAGAGUACUACUGAAGAAACUGCCGCCAGAAAACUACAACAACCUCAGGUAUCUGGUCCAGUUCUUGUCUCUGCUGUCUGAGCAGCAGGCUGUCAACAAAAUGACACCCAGCAACAUCGCCAUCGUCCUGGGGCCCAACCUGCUUUGGCCACGAGCUGAAGGGGAAGCUGCUCUGUUUGACAUGGCGUCAGCUUCUUCAGUCCAAGUGGUGACGGUCAUUGAGCCUCUCAUUCAGUACAGCUCCAGCCUCUUCCCCGAAGCUGUAUCUUUUGAGAUCCCCGACCUUCCCGAGGUCCCGGAUGUGUCCAUGUCAACCCACGAUGUCCAGUCUCUGAUCUCAGAAAAGGGGAAAUUGAGCAGAACAGUCUCUUCCUCCUCAUCCAUCAGUUCCUCCUGCUCCUCUUAUCACCUCCCUCUCUCAAAGACAAACAGCACACCCUCUCAGGACAGUGGUGCCUACUGCCUGAUAAAAUCUGGCUCUGUGAGUCGCAGUGGCAGCUCCACAUGGGCCAGCCCUGUAGCUGACACAGCGGCACCAACGCAUCACAGCUCGACAUCCAGCAGCUCAUCCUCCCUCGAUUCCAGCCCCGCCGUGGCCUCCAACACUUCCGUUGGUCCGGCGACACUUCCUAAAGCAACAGGAUUGGCGCCGAACCCAAGUCAGGUCAGGAGUCCAACCCAGAAGCAGUGCUUGGAUCAAGGCCAACUUGAGCCGAUUUUGGAGGCUCCUCCAGACUCCCCAAAAGCUUUUGUGAUGAUCAACUCACCAUAUAAACCCAAACGAUCUUUCAACCCGACCAAAGCUAACCAAGCUAACGAGCAGGUGACAGUUCAGUACUCUAAACCCAGACCCGAAGUACCUCCCAAGCUCCAUGUCCCUCCACCCCCCACCACAGCCCCGGCCCCGGUGGACAUAGCGACCCAGCCGACACCCGCACCCCGAGCUCAUUCGGCCAGCGUUAAAAGGCCCCCUCCAAAGAAGCCUGGACUCAGAGCCCCGAACUGCCCUCCACCACUUCCGCCACCAUCACAGGUGAAAGCGGUCCCUUCUUUAGGACAGUGAGAAAAAGGACGCAUGUGGAUUUGUAGUUCUUUAAAAAGUACCUUAACAUGCCUGAAAAUCUUGUCUUUGCUGACCUCCAGUGGUUGUUCUUAUCAUCUUGCUGCAGUGAUGUACAGGUGUGCUUCUGGACCCCUUCACAAAGUACACUUCUGACAACACCCAACCACGCCUAUCAGUAACGCUGGCUUUGCUCAGGGGUGAAACAGGCUUUUCAGCUAGCUGUUAAGUUACAAUUUAAACAUGCAAGGUUUUCUAUAUCGUCAGUCUGUGUGGUUUAAUAUCUUUAAGUAUUGCAGCUUAAAGGUGCUUAAUACGAGAUUGAGAGCAUUACCAUCUCCUCUAAAUGGCUCUCAAUAUGGCGAGAGCUGAGCUGUCGGUUCAUGGCUAAAGGCGUUAACAGCGCUAACAAUGCAAACAAUGGCAAAAGCGCUGACAGAGCUACCAGUGUUUACCUGAGUGGGAACCGGAGGGUUGGUGCUACGCUUCCACAACAACGCCGUCAGUCUGGACGUUGUUAUCAGCUUUACAGUGCAGAGCACGGCCGGUCCGGCUAUGUCAACAGAGCAACGAGAAGCUCGGAUCAUGACACGCACAGAGGGAGAGCAACUUUAUUCUCUGCCCAGGUGGACAUUGCUCCAAUGUAUGUUUACAAAGCAAAUAGUUAUUUACUGCUGUAUUAAUGCUCUGAAUCUCGUAUAUUGCAAUUUUAUUUCUCUUUUGUCUGGACUAUAAACGUUUCUGUAACUAGCUUCAUUUAUUUAUUCUUCAGUUACUCAUGCCCUUUAUUGCCCAGAGUGCAAAGUAAUUAACGGAAAGCGAGUCUUUCUGGUCAAAAUAAUAGCUACUCAAUAAAUGAAACCAGCCAUCCAGAACCGCCUUCCAAUUGCUGUUUGUGGUGUUUUAAGGGGGUAAUAUUUCCAUAAAUAUACACAAAUAAAGUAAUUCAUGUGAGGUUUAA